CUCGCGGCUCCGCGUGCGCUUUAAGCCCUCCCUCCUUUAAUCAGGAUCAUGAGUGGGGCUGAGUGACGCCCUGAGCGUUUCACUGCUCUGCUGCUGCUGCUGCCGGAUCCAGCAUCUCUGAUCAACAGGUAGCAGGUUCAGCUCUUCAAAUAAACACAGAGAAAGAGAAGAAAAAGAAAGACAAGGAAGUAUGUGUGUAUUAGAUGUGUGUACCAUAUAGGACAGGAUAGAAGUUUGAUGGAGGAGUGAAUAGCUACUGAAAUUCGCUCCUGAGUUUGUGUUCCUCCUGUGCAUGCACCUGUGGACUUACCCCAAGUGUUUCCAGAGAGAUAGAACAAAAGAAAGAAAUGGAGUGAGGAGAAGAGAAGGGAAGUGAAUUUGUCAAUUUGAAAGGACACUCACAUGGUGACUAAUGCCAAGAAGUAAAAAACAGAAACAUGGUCAUUCUGCAGCAGGGGGAUUAUGUCUGGCUGGAUCUCAAGACAGGCAAGCCGUUCGAUGUUCCAGUUGGAGCUGUGGUCAAGCUCUGCGACUCGGGCUUGAUCCAGGUCUUGGAUGAUGAGGGUCAGGAGCACUGGAUCUCUCCUCAGAAUGCCACGAACAUAAAGCCCAUGCACCCCACCUCCAUCCACGGCGUGGAGGAUAUGAUUCGCCUGGGAGACCUGAACGAAGCCGGCAUUCUCCGAAACCUCCUCAUUCGCUACAACGAGAGGGUCAUAUAUACAUACACAGGGUCGAUCCUGGUGGCAGUGAACCCCUACCAGCUGCUGCCCAUUUACACAGCAGACCACAUCCGCCUGUACACUAAUAAAAAGAUCGGUGAAAUGCCUCCGCACAUCUUCAGUAUUGCUGACAACUGCUACUUCAACAUGCAGAGGAACAACAAGGACCAGUGCUGCAUCAUCAGUGGCGAGUCCGGAGCAGGAAAAACUGAGAGCACCAAGCUGAUCCUGCAGUUCCUGGCCGCUAUCAGUGGACAGCACUCGUGGAUCGAGCAGCAGGUUCUGGAGGCCAACCCCAUCCUAGAAGCGUUCGGCAAUGCAAAAACCAUACGCAAUGACAACUCCAGCCGGUUUGGGAAGUACAUCGAUAUUCACUUUAACAAGAGAGGAGCCAUCGAGGGGGCAAAAAUAGAGCAGUACCUGCUGGAGAAGUCAAGAGUGUGCAGACAGGCUCCAGAUGAGAGAAACUACCACAUCUUCUACUGCAUGCUGCAGGGUAUGAAUCCAGAGCAGAAGUCUAAGCUGGGAUUAGGUCAGGCUUCAGACUACACCUAUCUGACCAUGGGCAACUGUACAGUGUGUGAUGGCCGGGAUGAUAUGAAUGAGUACUCCAGUAUCCAGUCAGCCAUGAAGGUCCUGAUGUUCACAGACACUGAGAACUGGGAGAUCUCCAAGCUGCUGGCUGCCAUCCUGCACAUGGGCAACCUGCGCUUCGAGGCUCGGAUGUUUAAAAAUCUGGACUCUUGCGUAAUUGUGCGCUCGCCUGACCUGGCCAAAGCAGCAGCUCUGCUGGAGGUGGACCCUCAGGAUGUUAUGACGUGUUUGACCACACGCACGCUCAUCACUCGGGGAGAGACCGUAUCCACUCCGCUCAGUGUGGACCAGGGGUUUGAUGUACGCGAUGCUUUCGUCAAGGGAAUAUAUGGGAGGUUAUUUGUGUGGAUAGUGGACAAAAUCAACGCUGCCACCUACAGAGCCCCGCCCACAAAGGACACAGUCAUCCACAGGUCCAUCGGGCUGCUCGACAUCUUCGGAUUUGAGAAUUUCACCAUCAACAGUUUUGAGCAGCUGUGCAUCAACUUUGCCAACGAGAACCUGCAGCAGUUCUUCGUGCAGCAUGUUUUCAAGCUGGAGCAGGAGGAGUACAACCUGGAGCACAUCAACUGGCUGCACAUCGAGUUCACGGAUAAUCAGGACGCGCUGGAUAUGAUUGCCAACAAACCUAUGAACAUCAUCUCGCUCAUUGAUGAGGAGAGCAGGUUCCCUAAGGGAACCGAUGCCACCAUGCUGCACAAACUCAACUCUCAGCACAAACUCCACGCAAACUACGUCCCCCCCAAACACAGUCAUGAGAGCCAGUUCGGCAUUCAGCACUUUGCUGGCGUGGUCUACUAUGAAACCAAAGGAUUUUUGGAGAAGAACAGAGACAGUCUCCACAGUGAUAUCAUCCAGCUGGUGCACUCUUCCAAAAACAAGUUCAUCAAACAGAUCUUUCAGGCUGACGUUGCCAUGGGUAUGGAGACUCGGAAGCGUUCUCCAACUCUGAGCAGUCAGUUUAAACGCUCCCUUGAGCUGCUUAUGAAGACUCUGAGCACGUGCCAACCCUUCUUCGUGCGCUGCAUCAAACCCAACGAGCUCAAAAGGCCAAUGUUGUUUGAUAGGGGGUUGUGUGUACGGCAACUGCGGUAUUCCGGAAUGAUGGAGACCAUUCGGAUCCGCAGAGCCGGAUAUCCCAUACGCUACACCUUCGCUGAAUUUGUGGACCGUUACAGGGUCUUCAUGCUAAUGGCCAAACCAGCCUAUUUACAGAAGGAUCUGCGAGGGACAUGCCGGACAAUAGUGACAGCGGUCCUGGGACACGAUGAGGACUGGCAGAUAGGAAAAACAAAGAUCUUUCUCAAGGAUCACCAUGACAUGCAGCUGGAGAUUGAGAGGGACAAGGCCAUCACAAACAAGGUCAUUCUUAUUCAGAAAUCAGUGCGUGGAAGGAAAGAGAGGGUCAAAUUCCUGAAGAUUAGGAGAUCAGUCAUAUUGAUCCAGAAGAUUUGGAGAGGCUAUAUCUGUAGAAAGAACUACAGAGUGAUGUGUGCAGGGUUCUUGCGGCUGCAGGCCGUCUGGAGGUCCCGGAAACAUUACUUGCUGUACCGAGCGGUCAGGAGACGCAUCAUUCUGCUUCAGGGUCAAUGUCGAGGCUUCCUGGUGAGGCAAACAUUCUGGAGACGCUUAAAUGCCAUUCGCAUUAUCCAGGCCUACGCCCGCGGCAUGAUCGCACGCAGACUGUGCAGGAGACUCAGAGUAGAGAGGGAGCACAGGCUUGAAGCCGAGAGGCAGCGUCUGGCCGAAGAGGAGCAGCUGAGGAAGCAGAUGACGGCGCGCAGGGCUCGAGCCGAGGCUGACAGGAAGCACCAGGAGCGUCUGGCUGAGCUGCACCGUGAGCAGGAGGAGAGGAGGCAGGCUGAGCGUGAGGAGGCUCGUCGUAAGAAGGAGCUACUCGAGCAGAUGGAGAGAGAAAAGCAGGAACCAGUCAGUGAUUCUGACAUGGUGGAUAAAAUGUUUGGCUUUUUGAGCAGCUCCAAUUCGUUCCUGAGCAUGGAGGUUGAAGCACCUGCAGGAUUUGAGGAUCUGGAGAACAUCCACAAAGAGUCUGAAGAGAACAGCAUUGAGACUCUUCCUCGUCCUGAUGAGGAACAAGAGGACCUGUCAGAGUACAAGUUUGCAAAGUUUGCUGCUACCUACUUCCAGGGAAACACGACGCACACGUAUGUGCGCCGGCCCCUGAAACAACCUCUGCUCUACCACGAGGACGAAGGAGACCAGCUGGCUGCUCUGGCUGUAUGGGUCACUGUACUGAGGUUUAUGGGAGACAUGCCCGAGCCCAAAUAUCAAAUCAGCCUCAGUGACGGCAGUGAGAAGAUCCCAGUUAUGACCAAGAUCUACGAGACUCUAGGCAAGAGGACCUACAAGAGGGAUCAGCAGGCCCUGCAGAGGGCCGACGAGACUUCUGUUAUUGACAGUCAGAAGAAGAACAGCAUCAGGCAUAAACUAGUGUCUCUCACACUGAGGAGGAAAUCAAAAAUCACAGAGGAGGUGACCAAACACCUAUCUGAUGGUGAUUGCAGUCUACAGUGGAUGCUGGAGGAUCGUCCCACUUCCAACCUGGAGAAACUUCACUUCAUCAUCGGGAAUGGGAUUUUACGCCCUGCCCUGAGAGAUGAGAUCUACUGUCAGAUCUGUAAGCAGCUGACCCAGAAUCCAUCCAAAAACAGCCAUGCUCGCGGCUGGAUCCUGCUCUCUCUCUGUGUGGGAUGCUUCGCACCAUCUGAGAAAUUUGUCAAAUAUCUGCGGUCAUUCCUUAUCUCCGGACCUCCUGGCUACGCCCCGUACUGUGAAGAAAGACUGAAGCGCACUUCCUCGAACAAGACACGGACCCAGCCUCCCUCGUGGCUCGAGCUGCAGGCCACCAAAUCGAAAAAGCCCAUCAUGCUGCCAGUGACCUUCAUGGAUGGCACCACUAAGACCCUGCUGACAGACUCAGCCACUACUGCUGCAGAGCUCUGUAAUGCCCUGGCAGACAAGAUCGGCCUGCAGGACCGUUUCGGCUUCUCUCUGUACAUCGCUCUAUUCGAUAAGGUGUCAUCUCUUGGCAGCGGGAAGGACCACGUGAUGGAUGCAGUGUCACAGUGUGAGCAGUACGCUAAAGAGCAAGGGGCUCAGGAGCGCAAUGCCCCCUGGAGGCUGUUCUUCAGGAAAGAGAUCUUCACUCCAUGGCACAACCCUGCUGAGGACAGUGUGGCCACCAACCUUAUCUACCAGCAGAUCAUCCGUGGAGUCAAGUUCGGGGAGUACCGCUGCGAUCGGGAGGAGGACUUGGCUGAGCUGGCAUCUCAGCAGUACUAUAUAGACUAUGGGUCGGAGAUUCUUCAGGAACGAUUGCUGACCCUCAUCACCUCGUACAUCCCAGACCGAGAGAUCAGCGCCUCCAGAACUGUGGACAAGUGGGCCCAGGUCAUAAUGUCAGUUCACAAAAAGGGAAUCUACACACAGAAGAACUUUGAUCCGCAGAGAGUGAAGGAGGAUGUGGUGGAUUUUGCUCGGUUUAAGUGGCCUUUGCUUUUCUCACGCUUCUACGAGGCCUUCAAGUUCUCAGGACCCAGCCUGCCAAAGAACGAUGUGAUAGUGGCAGUGAACUGGACUGGAGUUUACUUUGUGGAUGAACAAGAGCAGGUCCUUCUGGAACUUUCUUUCCCAGAGAUCACUGGAGUAUCCAGCAGCAGAGGAGGAAAGCUCCAGGGCCAGAGUUUCACCUUGGCAACCAUUAAAGGAGAUGAAUACACCUUCACCUCCAACAAUGCUGAGGACAUUUGCGACCUGGUUGACACCUUUUUAGACGGUCUACGCAAGAGAUCAAAGUUUGUGGUGGCCCUCGCAGAUAGCCAUAGUCAUGAUGGGCACGACUCCUCAUUCCUGACGUUCUCAAAGGGAGAUCUUAUCCUAUUGGAUGAACACACAGGAGAGCACAUAUUAACCUGGGGCUGGGCCCACGGAGUCAACGACCGGACCAAGAAGAGAGGAGAUUUCCAUGCGGACAGCGUCUACGUGCUUCCCACCAUUACCAGACCGCAAUAUGAUAUUGUGACAUUGGUAAGCAUGUCUCCAGAUCACUGUAAGGAAUCGAUCAGUCUGUCGCAGCUGAAUCUUAUGGACGGUGAGGAGAAAGUGAAGCCCUACACUUUGGAGGAGUUUUCCUAUGAUCAUUUCAGACCUCCUCCUAAGAGCACUCUAAGCCGUGUGAUUACAAAAGGCAGGAUAAAGGAUAAGCUGUGGUGCUGCACCCGAGAACCUCUCAAACAACCUCUGCUAAAUAAGGUCCUUAACCACGAGGAGCUCUCGCAGGAUGCCUGCCUGGCCUUCAUCGCUAUUAUGAAGUAUAUGGGUGACUACCCAGCUAAAAGAACACGUUCAGUUAAUGAACUCACUGAUCAGAUCUUUGAGGGAUCUAUGAAGGCUGAGCCACUGAAGGACGAGAUCUUCUGCCAGAUCAUGAAACAGCUCACCGAGAACAAUGUAGUGUACAGCGAGGAAAAGGGAUGGGAGCUACUGUGGCUUUGCACUGGCCUUUUCCCUCCCAGCAACAUCCUCUUGCCUCACGUGCAGAAGUUUCUGCAGUCCAGGAAGCAUCACCCGCUGGCCCCGGACUGCAUGCAGAGAUUGCAGAAAGCCUUGCGGAAUGGUCCCAGGAAGUACCCUCCUCACCUGGUGGAAGUGGAAGCCAUUCAGCACAAAACCACACAGAUCUUUCAUAAGGUGUACUUCCCUGAUGACACAGAUGAGGUUUUUGAAGUGGAAUCAAGCACAAAGGCCAAGGAGUUCUGUCUGAACAUUUCCAGCAGGAUGCUGCUCAAGUCGUCUGAGGGCUUCAGCCUGUUUGUCAAGAUUUCUGACAAGGUCAUCAGUGUGCCAGAUGGAGAUUUCUUUUUCGACUUUGUUAGACACCUCACUGACUGGAUCAAAAAAGCCAGACCUGUAAAAGAUGGUAUAGUGCCUUCCCUGACGUAUCAGGUCUAUUUUAUGAAGAAACUAUGGACUAACACUGUGCCAGGCAAAGACUCAAUGGCUGACUCCAUCUUCCACUACUACCAGGAGCUGCCUAAAUACCUGCGAGGAUACCACAAGUGUUCUCAUGAAGAGGCCUUCCAGCUCGCAGCUCUGAUUUACCGGGUAACAUUUGAAGAGGACAAAUCGCAGUUUAUCCACUUCCCAAAGAUGCUGAAAGAGCUCGUCCCUCAGGAUCUGAUCAAACAGCUGUCACCUGAUGACUGGAAACGGUCCAUUGUGAUGUGCUUCAACCAGCAUGCUGGGAAAAGUCAGGAAGAAGCCAAACUCAUGUUCCUGAGAAUCAUCUACAAGUGGCCCACUUUCGGAUCAGCCUUUUUCGAAGUCAAACAAACCACAGACCCAAAUCUACCAGAGUUCCUGCUGAUAGCAAUCAACAAACAUGGCGUUAGUCUGAUUGACCCAACUACAAAGGAUAUCUUAAUGACGCACCCCUUCACCAAAAUCUCUAACUGGAGCAGCGGGAACACCUACUUUCAUAUCACCAUCGGCAACCUGAUGAGAGGCAGUAAACUGCUCUGUGAGACGCCGCUGGGCUACAAAAUGGAUGACUUGCUGACAUCUUACAUCAGUCAGAUGAUGAGCACCAUGACCAAACAGCGCAGUUCCCGUGGAAACAGCAACUAGCCAGCAUCACGUACAAAGAACCACGAUGAAAAUGCCUUUUGUGUUUGAUCUGUGAAACUGAAAAUAUAUAUUUUUAUCCCUCA